AUGCCCCUCGCGGACCUCUUUCUUGGCACCUUUCUUCAGGUGUUGUUUGAUAGGUUGGCCUCUUGCGAACUUCUCAACUUUGCGCGGCGCGAGGGUAUCGAUACACUGUUGAAGAAAUGGGAGAAGAUGCUCAUCAGUAUCAACCGAGUGCUGGAUGAUGCAGAGUACAGGCAACUGAAAGGCGAUCUUGGGGUGAAGUCGUGGCUUGAAGAUCUUAGGAACUUGGCCUACGAUAUCGAAAACUUGCCUGACGAGUUCGUCACAGAAUUCGCGAAAAACGAGUCCAAGGCAGAACCCCGCACUAUCAAGGCGCGUUCUUCCCUUAUUCCCAGUUGUUGCUUUAGAUUGAGCCCGAGAGCAUUUAUGUUCGAUCGUAAAAUGAGAUCCAAGAUAGAAGAGAUGGAUGGCAGAUUGAAGGAUAUCAUCAUUCAAAAAGAUACUCUGAGCCUUGGAGAGAAUAACAGGAUUCAAUCAGUAUACACCCGAGUGGAUAAGCCGCUUCGCACUACAAAUUUGCCCGAGCCUUAUUUCAUUAGUAGGGAGGUUGAAAAAAAGGAGAUCCUCGAAUUACUAACAGGAGAAGAAGAUGAUAGAACAUGUGCGGAUCUGAAAGUGAUUCCCAUCAUAGGGAUGGGGGGUGUUGGGAAGACGGCUCUGGCUCAGCAAGUUUACAAUGAUACUAGAGUCACCGACUACUUCGAUGCGAAGGCAUGGGCUUGUGUUUCUAAUGAUUUCGACUUGCUUACUAUUACAAAGAAGAUCCUUGAGACAACCAAUGGCCAUUUGUCUUAUGAAGGUAAGGACCUCGAUUGGCUUCAUGAUAAGCUGAAGGAACACCUUAUGGGGAAGAAGUUUCUUGUUGUUUUAGAUGAUGUUUGGAACGAGAAUUAUGGAAAUUGGACAAUCCUCUUGAAGCCUUUUCAAUCAGGAGCGAAGGGAAGUAAGAUCAUCGUCACGACUCGUAAUUUCCGUGUUGCUGAAAUAGCCUGUGCUCGACCCUAUACUCUCAAAGAGUUGUCACAAGAUGCUUGUAUGACUUUGUUCGCAUUUCAUGCUCUUGGAGUCGGAGAUUUCGAUCAUCAUCAUGAUCUUGAAGUAUUAGGUAUGAAAAUAGUGAAAAAAUGCCAAGGGUUACCAUUAGCCUUGAGGACUUUGGCUGGGUUGCUAAGCUUUAAAGUCAGUCCCCAUGAAUGGGAAGCUAUAUUGAAUAGCAAAAUUUGGGACCUACCAGAAGAAAGUAAUGACAUCCUUCCGGCUUUGAAACUUAGCUACAUCCAUCUCCCUUCUAAUCUAAGGAGAUGUUUUGCUUAUUGUGCUAUAUUUCCCUAAGACUAUGAAAUCGAACGGGAUGAGUUGAUUCACUAGUGGAUUGCAAAGGGCUUGUUGGAGGGAAAAGAAGAAAAGAACUGUUGGAAUAUAGGU